CCGUGGGCGGUGCUUAAGUAAUUCACAGACUUUUUAUCAACAGAACUUGUUUCUGUGUUAUUCUAUCCACCAGCAACAUACGUGUUCGCUGAGCAGCCAAUCAGAUCCACCAGUAAACAGAGGGUUUCGGACAGUGUUCACGGUGCUGACGAUGACAGUCCUGAAUCUGUCCUUUGCCGCAUGUGGAUUCUUGGGGAUCUACCACUUGGGUGCUGCAGGGGCGUUUCUCCGCCAUGGGAACAAGCUGCUUGGCUCCCUCGGGGCCUGUGCAGGGGCCUCGGCCGGGGCCCUGGUGGCUGCUGUAAUGAUCACGGCACCGGACAAGUUGGAGGAGUGUAAAGACUUCACUUACAGGUUUGCUCAGAGUGUCAGAGAGCAGCAGUUUGGAGCCAUGACACCAGGAUACAACUUCAUGCUGACGCUACGGGAGGGCAUCGAGGAGAUUCUACCCGGUGACGCUCACAGUCUGGCCACGGAACGCCUCCACGUCUCAAUAACACACUCCAGAAGUGGCAGGAACCACAUUGUGUCGAGGUUCACCUCUAGGGAGGAGCUCAUAAAGGCUCUACUGGCCAGCAGCUUUGUUCCUGUCUAUGCCGGACUCAAACCUGUGGAAUUCAGGGGACAGAAAUGGAUCGAUGGAGGCUUCACUGACAGCCUGCCAAUUCUGCCUGUGGGGCGAACCAUCACUGUGUCUCCCUUUGCUGGACUGCAGGACGUAUGUCCUGUCCACAGGGGGCGCUUCCACACUCAGCUCAAGCUGGCCAACAUGAACGUUACGCUCUCCGUGGAGAACAUCAAACGUCUGAACCGGGCUCUGUUCCCGCCAUCGACCAGCACCAUGCACUUCUUCUGUGAACAAGGUUUCGAGGAUGCCGUGAGGUUCCUGAGGAGAGAGGCCUGGAUGAGCUGACGGGGAAUGAAACAAACCCACGGGAAGAACUUGCUCAACGAUAUCAUUCGCACGAAUGAGAGGAUAGAUUUGAUAGAUUUUACUGGGUUUUAUUUCCAGUGUGAGAGUAGUUUUUCUAGAGUGUCUCCAUGGAGUGAUGCCGGAGCAGCAGCACAUUGAUCCAACAUCUCCACGCAGGACGAUCUGCUCUGUGACAGCAGCUGAACAUGAUGAAAAGCCUUCAUGAGAACAUGUGCUCUUCAUCAAUUUUCCAAGGAGGCAUUUAAUUUCCCCCAGCUUGAAGCAGCGAGGAAAAAAAUAAAUAUUGGAUAUCGCAGCACUUCACAGGAAGUCCACGCCGCCGUCAUGAAUGCUUGCUGGGAGCUCCCUUAGGAUGGAGCGUCGGCUUUGAAGUGCCCGGCGAUUCCACGGGGUUUCUCCGCUGCUGGGUUAUUUUUUGAUUUCCUCCAGCGUCAGGAGACGUGAGCAGGUUCUCCAUUUUUUUUUUUUUUUUUUCGCCUUUUGAGCUGGUGUGGUGAGAACUGCUCCUCCAACAGGAGGGAUAUCUGCAGCGGGAUAUAUCGCCAGAUCGAUUUGUGAAAUACCAUGUGACGCUCCACAUGCGCUUCCCCGAACAGACCAGAGCCUUGUUGCUGAGAAGAUGACAUCAUCCAUUUUACAAAUCUUCCUAAGCUGAAGAAGUUUCCCAGAAGCUUUGUUACUGAAGGCAACUAAAAUGAGGGGGGGGUCAAAAAGAGACUCCUAACAACUUAAGGAGGCUCAGAGCAACUUAAGAGGCUUUUGAAAUGAUUGCAGUUUUAAUUUGUUUUAUCUGCCAUAAUGUUUAAAUUAAAA